UAUACAUACAUCUUAAAUGGUAAAUCAAUUUUAAAAGAAACACUAUUACUACAAAUGCUCUUUUAAAAUGCGAGACCGUAAGCAGCGGAAAAAGGUGAACUUACAGGAGGAGCGCAGGGAACGAAUACUGAAAUUUCUUCAAGAAAACCGAGAAUCCCAGCCCGUUGUUGGUUCAAAGAAAAAAACCUCUGCAAGCCAAAAGAAACUACCUCAAAAUGUAAAGAGGUAUACAAAGAGCGAUAUAACAUCAUGUUUAAUCAAAACACCCACAAUUGAUACGCGAUUGGCAGCUGGAGAGAACAAUCCUGUCGUAAGAAGAACAGGAAAAAUACCCCGUGACGAUGAAGAAUGUCAGUUCAAUGCACCGGGCAUAUUUUUUCUAAGAGGUCGAAAUGAAAAUGUAGGGAGUCAAGAAGUGUUUUUUAAACCCGCGAAGCCCAUUCGAAAGGAGCUGAAGAACAAGUGUGACUAUUUUCCAAAAUAUUUGGACCCGUCUCCCUUCAAAGACAAAUGCACUCAGACGCUAUACAGGGAGUCCUCGGCGCAGACUUUACCCUAUUUGCCAGAGAUCUACCAUCAUGAUGAAGUCCGUACCCUGGAGCUUUUUACUCUACCCUCAAUUCUUUCAGGCGAUAAGCCACCAGGACUAUAUGAGGUGGAAGUUUUGGAGCGCUCCCGUAGGCGUCAACAAUUCUUGGAGGCACUUAAGAUAAAAUUUAACAGACAACGGCAAAAUGAUAGAAAACUGGCCAUAGAUCAGUUAAAAUCCGUGAUGGAGGCCUUUGAAUGGGAGCACUGGUUGGAGCGGGAGGAACAGAUCCAGGAGUGUCAGAUGAUGCGGCUGGAGAUUGUGAUCAAGAUGUUUGACAAGAGGGAGAGGGAAAUGCAUGCCGCCUCUAAGACUCGUUUAGAACGAGGUUGCGAACUGAUCGAGAAGCGUCGUAAGGCGGCUUUGCAUAAGAAUGAGAUCGAGUACCAGCGUGGUAUGCGCCGCAUAAGCAAACAACUGGCCAAGACCUCGAUUAGAUGGGAGAAACAGUCACCCAUGUACUCCCUGGGAUCCCCCUGCUCCGAGUUCUAUGCCCCACAAUUGAGAUACGGGGUGGAUCCAGCUCGUCGCAAUUUCUCUUCCAUCACUGCCACCCGUGCUUUUAACCUGAGAAUCGACGAACUGGAGAGACAAAUAAAUAUGAAAAUAGUCGAGUGUCCCUUUGCCAAACUGAAGCAAUGGUCUCAGCCCAAACAGCAGCUUCUAGAGAUUGAGCAUCGUUUCUGCAAUGAGGAGCAUCUGCAAAGCCUUUACGAAUCUCUGAAGACGAUGAGGGCCAGCGAUGAUAACAGGCCAAAACCUGAAUGUCUCAAAGUACGCCAUAUAACACCAUUUAAAACUGGCAGAUACGGCAGGAUGACCCUGGCCACAAUUAAGAGUUUUAGCAGCCUAUAUGCAAAGAAUGAGGAAGUCGCACCCGAAUCUUAUAGACCCUCACAAAAGGCGGCUUUUGAAGAGCAUAUUAAAUGGCAGAAAGACAAGAUUUCCCCCGAUUAUGCCCAAAAACUGAGAAGAGACGAAAAUAAAAGGGACAUAAAGAAUAUGAUGAUGGCGUACGAGGGCAGCUUGAUCGGUCAUGUGAUGCAAUUCCUUACCGAUGAAAUGGCUCGGUUGAAGGAGCAACGUCGACUGCACUUCUUCUCGGUUUUGGCCGAAAAGGCACGCUGGAGUCGCGAGGCAACCGAGGCGGGAUUGAGGCAGAAGGAGAACACGAUGAGGAGCCUCUACGAGGAGAUGUUCCAGCAAUCCAAUACCCACCACAUGGAUGUCAGUGAUCACUAUGUGCACAGUAUUCUGACCAUCGAUUUGGGCCAUAUGGCUGCUAAUGAAGCAGCUGAGACAGUCACGGAAAUGGCCAAGCAAAUUGAUGUGGACAUAGCAAGAUGGCUGGAGAGUUUUAAGCUAAUACAAAAUCCACUUAACUAUAUUCCUCUGCGCCUGAUGCUGCACGAUAUGGUCUGUCCGGAUCUAAAUGCUGCACUGCAGCGAUACGAGAAGACCAUGAUUGUCCAGUACAUAGUGGAGGAUGUGAUCUUUGCAGGAAUGUGGACGGAACUGGAACCCUAUGAUAUAUCAAGCACCCUGACUAGCGAUCUGAUUGAUCGUCUCAUCGACAACGAUCUGUAUUUAUUCUCCUCUGAGAGUGAAAGUGAAGCAAACCAGAAGACUUCCUGGUACGAAGCUCAUGCCAUAAUACGAAAACUUAUUCGACAAUCGGUUCCCGGCAAUCGUUGGAAAGAGGAGGCCGAACGUAUAGUUUACGAGAACUACAAUGAUCUAUUGGAUAAUAUUUUUGAAGAAAUUAUUCACAAAAGUGAAGAUUUCCCACUCAACGAACCUGUUAUAGUACAUACAACCUUUUCAACGCCAAACCUUUUAAGCCCAAAGGACCUUCGAUUAAAAAAUAAUUAUUCCGCCCAACUACUGGAAUAUCAAUCUGAUAUGAGUGUCUGUGAAAAGCGGAUAAUUAAAAACCAAUUUUUAAACCUAGUAAAGAAGAAAAAUCGAUCUUUCAAAAACAUGCUCGACCCAGAUGAAACAUACAAGGGAUCUCCACCAGCUUCAUUAGAUUUGAAGUUUCCCGAAAGUGCUACUGCGACGCCCGACACCGAUAUUGAUGAUCCAUGGCCUUGGCUUCCAGAUUGUCCGACUCGAAGCCUAUCAGAUAUUACUGUCGAUGAAAACGUCCAUUUUACAUCAAAAAUCACAUGGAAUCAAUAAUAGGAAAAAGAAAAAUAGUACGGAUUGUGUUAUCUGAAACUUGUAUAUUUUUAAUAAAUAUUAUUGCUACACGGUUUUAA